AAAGACUUAAACACGUUAUCGCUGUAAACACACAUCUACAUAUUCUGAACUGAUCCGAUGAACUGAGCCGAUCCCCUACUCUAAAACGAUCCAUUCGACUAUCAUCGGUCUUACGAUAAAUUACGCUUCUGAAUUCAUUUCUCCAUAGAGUUAUGUCGACGGACGUACGAGGAGUUGUGUUGUCCGGUACCGAACUGGCAAAGGAAAUUCGUGAAAGAUUAAAAGAAGAUGUGGCAGUUCUACGACAAAAAUUACCGAAUUUCGUACCCGGCUUAGCAAUCGUCCAAGUUGGCGGCAGAGAAGAUUCAAAUGUUUAUAUAAGGAUGAAGAUAAAAGCGGCGAGCGAUAUAGGAAUCGCUGCGGAACACGUCAAAUUACCAAACACAACUACGGAAAUCGAAUUAAUAAAUAAAGUAAACAAUUUGAACAAUGAUCCAAACGUACAUGGAAUUAUUGUACAAAUGCCUCUUGAUAGUGUUAACAAAAUUGAUUCUAAUUUGAUUACCGAUUUAGUAUUGCCUGAAAAAGAUGUAGACGGAUUAAAUACUAUCAAUGAGGGGAGAGUAGCCAUCGGGGAUAUGUCAGGAUUUUUACCAUGCACUCCAAAUGGGUGCAUUGAACUUAUUAAAAGGAGUGGAGUACCGAUUGCCGGUGCACAAGCAGUAGUUCUAGGUAGAAGCAAAAUCGUCGGCACACCUGUAUCUGAACUACUAAAGUGGUACAAUGCUACAGUAACCGUGUGCCAUUCAAAAACAAAGAACCUUCCACAAAUUGUUUCUCAAGCUGACAUCUUAGUGGUUGGCAUUGGCCAGCCCUUGAUGGUCAAGGGAAGUUGGAUCAAACCAGGUGCAGUCGUAAUCGAUUGUGGGAUUAAUUCCAUACCAGAUCCCACGAAGAAAAGUGGGCAACAUUUAGUAGGCGACGUGGACUACAAAGAAGCUGUGAAAGUAGCUUCUUAUAUCACUCCAGUACCUGGAGGCGUUGGUCCGAUGACCGUGGCCAUGUUAAUGAAGAACACAGUAGUAUCAGCUCAAAGAGCAGCUAAUAAAUUGUUGAACGUCGAAUGGAAACUCAGAGUCUUAAAAAUCAAUCCGCAAAAGCCUGUGCCCAGUGAUAUAGCUAUUUCAAGGAGCCAAGAACCAAAACCGAUUACAACGUUAGCAGAAGAAAUUGGAUUGUUCCCUAACGAGAUCAGUCCUUAUGGAAGUAAAAAGGGAAAGAUCAGCUUGAACGUUCUAAAACGACUGAAAAACCAGCCAAAUGGAAAACUCGUGGUUGUUGCUGGUAUCACUCCAACACCUUUCGGUGAAGGCAAGAGUACCACGUCAGUAGGUUUAGUACAAGCGUUAACUGCACAUAAAGGAAAGAACUCGGUUGUGACUUUGAGACAACCCAGUCAAGGACCCACUUUUGGGGUCAAAGGAGGAGCUGCAGGUGGAGGAUACUCCCAAGUAAUUCCUAUGGAAGAAUUCAAUUUGCACUUAACAGGUGAUAUCCACGCCAUAACAGCAGCCAAUAACUUGUUGGCAGCACAAAUCGAUGCCAGAUAUUUCCACGAAUCUACUCAGACCGAUGGAGCACUUUACGACCGACUUGUACCGACUGUUAAAGGCGAGAGGAAAUUCUCGAAAAUUCAAUUGAGACGCUUGCAAAAGCUUGAUAUCAUAAAGAGUGACCCCAAUAGCCUAACAGAAGAGGAAAAAAGAAAAUUCGCAAGAUUAGACAUAGAUCCUGAAAAUAUCACAUGGACUCGAGUGGUCGACAUAAACGAUCGAUUUCUACGUAAAAUCACCAUCGGUCAAAGUCCGACUGAGAAGGGUAAAACGAGGGAAACAUCAUUCCGCAUUUCUGUCGGUUCUGAAAUAAUGGCAGUACUUGCAUUAUCUACCACUGUUGAUGAUAUGAAGCAAAGAUUGGGCAACAUAGUAGUUGCUUUCAACAAAAAUGGGGAACCCUUAACUGCCGAAGACUUUGGUAUGACUGGAGCGAUGGCAAUAUUAUUGAAAGAUGCCAUUGAACCAACUCUUAUGCAAACCUUGGAAGGAACACCGGUAAUGGUCCACGCUGGACCAUUUGCAAAUAUAGCGCAUGGUUGUUCUUCCAUUAUAGCAGAUGCUAUGGCGUUAAAAUUAGUUGGAAAAGAAGGUAUCGUAGUAACCGAAGCAGGAUUUGGUUCUGACAUCGGUAUGGAGAAAUUCUUUGAUAUUAAAUGCCGAACUUCUGGUCAUGUACCGAAUGCUGUUGUACUGGUUGCAACAAUUAGAGCACUGAAAAUGCAUGGUGGUGGACCUACGGUAACGACUGGUGCUGCAUUGAAAAAAGAGUAUCUGAAAGAGAAUCUUGAUUUAGUUAAGAAAGGGCUUCCAAACCUUCAGAAGCAUAUCAGUAAUGGAAUUAAAUUUGGCGUGCCUGUUAUUGUUGCCAUUAACGUUCAUGCUACCGAUACAAAAGCAGAAUUAGAAUUAGUUAAACAAGCAGCAAUAGAUAGCGGUGCAGCAGAUGCAGUUAUAUGCAAUUACUGGGCAGAAGGCGGUGCUGGCGCUGUGCAACUUGCAGAUGCAGUUAUAGCUGCAACAAAAAAACCUAGUAAUUUCAAAGUAUUAUACGAUCUUGAUCUUAGUAUUGAAGAAAAAAUUAAUAUUAUUGCUAAGGAAAUAUACGGAGCUGGAAAAGUUGUUCUGGCGGAUAAAGUUCAGCAAAAAAUCAAAAAGUAUAAUGAAUUGGGAUACGAUAAAUUGCCACUGUGUAUGGCAAAAACAUCAAACUCAUUAACAGGCGAUCCGUCGAUUAAAGGCGCACCUACGGGUUUCACACUCGAUAUUACAGAUAUAUUUGUAUCCGUUGGAGCUGGUUUUGUAGUACCUAUGGUAGGAGAAAUAAUGAUGAUGCCAGGUCUUUCUACAAGGCCAAGUAUUUACGACAUGGACUGGAAUAGCGAAACAGAUGAAAUAGAAGGAUUAUUUUAGAAACAUAUUCCCAACAUUUCAAACAUUCCCGUAUCAAUAUAUCCUUUUCAGUUGAAACAUGCAAUGCUAUUUAAUACAGUUUUGUUUAAUUGGAAUAUUUUAUUUUUGUUAUACAUGAUAUAUGUUACAUACAAUAAACCAUUAGAUAUUCAAAGA